GGCCGCGUUUCUUUCAACUCCAAACAAUGUGGAGAGCGAGUGAGCUUCUUAUUAUCAUCAUCAUCUGUUGUUGUUGGCCCCUAUUGAUUGUGGGCGUGUCUGCAGCUGAAUUAGCCCGAUACGAUCCGCCCGUCCCGCCCACACCGAAAUGGGGCGCCAAUAUGCAAAUGUUACGCCGGCAUAACAGUGCCGCCUUCAAUUUCUGGACGGAGGAUAGUGAUACGAAUAUCUGGGAACACUGUGGACUCUUUGAGGGUGACAUAAUGCUCCAUCGAGAACUUUUGCGCAAUGGUUUGCUCAAUGAACGUUUAACCUGGGAGGAUGCAUCAGUACCGUUCUAUAUAGAUCCACAGGAUUUCACGUCUAAUCAGACAAUGACUAUACUGAAAGCCUUUAAGGAAUAUCACGAACGCACCUGCAUACGGUUUCGUCCUUAUGCCAAGGGCGACAAGAACUGGAUACUGAUCAAGGGCAACUAUUCCGGCUGUUGGUCCAGUGUCGGACGCCGCCAGGGUGGGCAAAUACUCAACUUGAAUACACCGAAGUGUGUAACCCAUGGUGUGGUGGUGCAUGAGUUACUCCAUGCAUUGGGUUUUUAUCAUCAGCAAAGUGCCACCGAACGCGAUGAGUAUGUGAAAAUCAAUUGGGAGAAUAUUUUGGAUGGACAUGCUCAUAAUUUUAAUAAGUACGCUAGAACGCAUAUUACAAAUUUCGGUGUGGAAUAUGAUUAUCAGAGCGUUAUGCAUUAUAGUUCGAAAGCAUUUAGUAAAAAUGGAAAGGCCACAAUUGAACCUCUGGAUCCUUAUGCCUCUUUGGGUCAACGUCGAGGUCUCUCCGAUAAGGAUAUCUCCAAACUGAAUGAAAUGUAUGAACAGGAUUGCAACGAAAGUUAUUUGUUAAAUUUCGAUCGUUUUGGCAACUAUUUAGAUGAUCUAUUAGACUAUUUUCAAAACAAUUUGCAAGAUCUUUUCGGUUAG